UUCAGUCAGGCAGCGACAACCCGUUCUCUGCCAUGCUCCUUAAGUCUGGCGCGGUCCUUCAAAGAUUUGUGAGGUGGCCUUGGAUUCCUUUGGAGAGAGCAAUGAGCACUUGCAUUGAUCCCUCGAACAAUGCGUGGCGAACUGGGGAGUUCCGGGGCAGCCUGAUCGAGAGAAUCCAGCAGCAACAGCAGCUGGAAGAUGUUCUGGAUCAUCUGGAGAGGGCGGAGCUCUUUCCGGAGAUCACCCUCUACGCCCAGCUGCUCAAAACGGCCAUCGCCCUGAGCUCUCUUUCUACCGGCAUCAGGAUCCACGAGCAAAUCUCUCGGAGCGGAUUUCAAAGGAACGGAUUGUUGGGGAACUUGCUGCUCCAGAUGUAUGUCAAGAACAAUCGGAUUGACACAGCUGGUAAGCUUUCCGUUGACAAGUCAGAGUGGGGAGUUCUAUUGUGGACUAACGCUAUUGCGGCAUAUGCCCGGAGAGGGUAUAUGCAAGAGGCGCUGCGGCUGUUCCAGGAGAUGCUGCUCGAGGCCUCUGCUAGGCCGGACGGGGUGGUGUUCGUCACGGUUCUUGGAGCCUGCCGGAGCCUCGACUAUGGUAAGACGAUUCACGCUUGCAUUUGCGAGCACAAUCUCGAGCUUUCGAACGUAGUCGUGAACACUGCUCUCAUGAACAUGUAUGCCAGGUGCGAUAGCGUGGAGGACGCGAGGAGGGUCUUCAACCAGGCCAAGCACGAUCGAAACGUGAUCAUGUACACGACCAUGAUCGCGGCUUACGCCGAGAUCGAGCAGUGCAAACCCGAAGCCGUUCGUUUCUUCCGGGAGAUGCAGCAAGAAGGCGUGUUGCCCGAUAAGAUCUGUUUCGUGGCGACGCUCAACGCUUGUGGUGGUGCCUUGGCAGACUUGCGACUCGGGAAGUUGAUCCACUCGUGCGUGCUCGAGGCCGGAUUGGAAUCCAACACAGUGGUGGCCACAGCUCUCGUCAACAUGUAUGGAAAAGCCGGUUGUUUGGACGAGGCCACCAGAGUUUUCAGGGGACUAGAGAGGAAAGACUUGGUUUCCUGGACUGCUCUCAUGUCUGCUUACUCAAGGGAAGAUCUUUACAGGGAAGCACUGCAGCUGUUUCGAGAGAUGACUCUACAUGGCGUGAAGCUCAACGAGGUUGGCUACAUCUCGGUUCUCGACGCAUUUGGCUGUCCAGACGCUCUAGCAGCCGGGCGAAGCGUGCACGAAUGCAUACUGGAAACCGGCUAUGCUUUUAGCAUCAACGUCGCAAACGCAGCAAUCAGGAUGUUCGGCCGCUGCUCGAGCGUCCAAGACUCUUGGAACGUUUUCGAGAAGAUGGCCGUCAAGGACGUGAUCUCCUGGACCAACAUCAGCACGACGCUCGUCCAGCAUGACCGCUGCAGCAGCGUCAUCCAGCUCUACAGGUUGAUGCAGCUCGACGGGACAAAGCCGGACAGGAGCUACUUUGCAUUCUUGCUUCAAGCCUGUGCGACUUUAUCCGCGGCUGCCGAGGGCCGGCUCGCUCACCGGCGGAUCCAAGAGUGCGGCUACGACUCCAGCGACGGUGUUCUCGGCCUUGGGAUCAUCAACAUGUAUGGAAAGUGUGGAAACUUACGAGCAGCACACGAAGUGUUCGAUGGAAUGAGCGAAAGGGACACUGUGGCGUGGACGACGAUCAUCUCAGGCUAUGCUCACCACGGCCACUCGGAGGAGUCUCUUCUGAUGUUUUGGAGGAUGCAACAGGACGGUUCCAAGCCGGACGGCGUCAGCCUCUUGUGCGUGCUCUCGGUGUGCAGCCAUGCCGGCUUGGUAGAACAGGGAUGGGACUUCUUCCUCGACAUCACCAAAGAGUUUGGAGUGGAGCCAGGAGAGAAGCACUAUGGCUGCAUGAUCGAUCUUCUCGGGCGCUCGGGUGACUUGGAAGCGGCCGAGGUUAUGAUCCGGAGGAUGCCGUUCCAGGCGACUGCUAUGAAUUGGGCGAUCUUCCUGGCGGCAUGCAAGGUCCACAGCGACACCGAGCGAGGCAAACGAGCAGCCGAGAAGGUGUUGGAGCUAGAACCGGUCCCCGCAGCGUACGUGAGCCUGUCAAACAUUUACGCUGCUGCUGGAGAGUGGGAUCAAGUCGAUCGCGUGAGAAGUGCGAUGAAGGCAAUGGGAUUGCAAAAGGAUCCAGGACGGAGCUCCAUCGAAGUGAACAGCCGAGUUCACGAGUUCUGGGCCGGCGAUAAGUCGCAUCCUCGAGCAGCUGAGAUCUACGGAUUGCUGGAAAGCUUGACGAGGCAAAUGGAGGGGUCGGGCUACGUGCCAGACACGAAAUUGGUGCUGCUCAACGUGAGCGAGGAGCAGAAAGAGAGGCUGCUUUGCUUCCACAGCGAGAAACUCGCCAUAGCUUUUGGUCUUCUCAGCACACCCGCAGGAAGCUCGUUGCGGAUCAUCAAGAACCUCCGGGUGUGCGGGGACUGCCACACCGCCGCAAAGUUCGUCUCCAGGAUUGCUGGACGAGAGAUCUUCAUGCGGGAUUCUCAGCGCUUUCACCACUUCCAGGAUGGCCACUGUUCUUGUGGUGAUUACUGGUAACAACAUAAGCAUCAGAGAAACUGUGAUCGAUCUGCAAUAUGUCGGGAUAGCUACACAUUGUCCAUAGCCAGAGCAAACUGACGAAUGCCCUGGGGCUUUGUCUCGUCCUCCAGUGUAAGUUCGUUUCCAUCAUCCUUGAUCCUCCUCCAGUGCUACCACGCAUCAUCAAACAGCUCCGCCGUUGUCACAACACGGUGUCACAAUGUAUAGCUCUACUUGUUUACCGCUCGUCACGCCAAAUCUCUCCAUGACUUCCAGCACUGCACUCGGUACGAGGCCAUGAACAAUUGCAGCACCAACACCGUGCUUUCGUCACACAGGUGCGAGAGCUUGAAAGCCUGGACAGAUCCCUCGCUCCUGACAUUCUCCAGCCAAAAGAUCACGUCCUAGCAGUCAUCCGGGGCGUCGCCCGCUUCCGCGAUGGUCCUAGGAGCCCCAAACUCGAAGAGCGCCAUGAAGGUUUUCGCCUGGCGAUAGCCCACCUGAUCGAAAAGCGCGCGAGCUCGGUACAUCCGCACCCCGGUUGCGUGCUUCUGGAAGGCCGAUCUGUUAGCAGCGGAGAGACGCGCACACGAGGAGGAAGAACUGUAUAUAUAUAACUGUAUAUGAUUGUGUACAUAUACAUAAAGCUACUGCCACGUGGGCAUAACUACUGCCACGUCAUCUCUACCUCUAACACUCCCACUCACGAUCAGGCGGCUGAUUCCAGUCUGAAUCUAAGCCUGAAUCGUGCCUA